GUUUUCUCAAGUCUAAAUUCUUUAGGUUUCUAUAAUUCUUAAUUUCUGAGUUACUAUAUAUAUUCAAAGAGUCUACGUGACAUGUACGUGGGAUAGUAUAGUGCCGUAACUUUUUAACAGCGUGGGUUCUAUCAAAAAUCAAACCAUAACAGUCAGCAGACACAAGUGUUUGUUUUCAAUUAUUUGUUGAAAAUGUCGUUGUUACAGCUUGUACGACAUUCCCCAAUCGGUAGCUUAAGUAAUUUUCGUAACGUAAAUUUUCAUAAGAGUUUUUCCAAAAGGCUGCAUGUUUCUUCAUACAAUAAAGCUUCAAAUGAUCCAAACUUUGAAAAUGUAAAUAGCAGUACAACUAGCAAAGAAAAAACAGUGGAUUUUGGUUUUCAGACAGUUCUUGCUAGUGAGAAGGCAGAAAAAGUUCACCAAGUUUUUGAAAAUGUUGCUUCCAAAUAUGAUCUUAUGAACGAUGUGAUGUCAGUAGGCAUUCACAGAAUAUGGAAAGACUACUUUGUCAAAAAAAUGUUUCCCCUUCCCCCGGGAACAAGUAUUAUUGAUGUUGCUGGUGGAACUGGUGAUAUAGCAUUUAGAAUGCUGCAGAGUAUUGAAAGGCAAGAUAAACAGUUUGAUGUUAGUGGAACCCAAAAAAACAGCAGCAUUCUGAUCAGUGAUAUUAAUCAAGCUAUGCUAGAUGUCGGAAAAGAAAGAGCGUCAAAAAUGAACCUUCAAUCGGAUAUGCUAUCUUGGCUAUGCGCCGAUGCUCAACAGCUGCCUUUAGUCGACAACUCUUUUGAUCUUUAUACCAUCGCGUUUGGAAUUCGAAACGUAACGGAAAUUUCAAAAGCUUUGGACGAAGCUUACCGAGUAUUAAGACCUGGAGGAAGAUUUUUGUGCCUGGAAUUUAGUCAUGUGAAGAAUCCCCUUCUAAAACAGGUGUAUGACACAUAUUCCUUCCAAAUAAUUCCUCCCUUAGGAGAAGUUUUUGCAGGAGAUUGGAAAUCUUAUCAGUACCUCGUCGAAAGCAUAAGAAAGUUCCAUACACAAGAUCGGUUUAAGGAAAUGAUUGAAGAGGCAGGAUUUCGAAGUGUUAAAUAUGAAAAUUUGUCAUUUGGUGUAGUUACUAUCCACUCUGGAUAUAAGAUUUAAAAGUACCUAUUUAUCCUGGGUUUAGAUUGUAUUGAAUUUCUAAAUAAAGGUGCAUUUAUUCGUC